AGCACAAACAAUGUCGCACAAUCAGAGUGUAACCAACAAAUUGCAGAAUGACACAGCUAUUCUUUCUACACUCACCAGGCCCACGGCGCAGCGACUGCUCGACUUUUUCUAUUUUUUGAAAGCUCUAUACUAUAAAACUGUCUUAUUCUCCCUUUCUAGCCUAUUGCUCGGAUAGUCACCGGCGAAAAUGUAUCGAUUAUUCUUAGUUACGCUGGCCCUUGGGACAACUUAUGGGGCUUUGUUAGACGGUGACAUAGAUUUGGCUGAUGGUGUUAAGUUAGUUAGUAUACCAGUGUCUAAUAGUUUGGAGGAUGAAGGGCGGGGGUUUGGUGAUUCGCCGCUGUUUCGGGUAGCGAAGUUCCUGCAGGGGCACGAGUUGAGAAUGAAGUUGCCGAGUUUGAUCGAGAAGGAAAAGAUUAGCAAGAUUGUUGAGGAAUCGCUGAGGACUGUUGAUGAGACCUACAGGAAUAGUGCAGGAACUGGACGAGGGAAGGGCGGCGGAGGUGGUUCGAUCGCGCUUCUUGGCCUGAUGAUGGCCAAGACUCUUGGCGCGGUGGGCCUUGGUGGUGUGGCUCUCUUGACUAUGAAGGCCCUAGCCGCCUCAGCAUUGGCCCUGAUGCUCUCAGCCAUCGUCGGGGUCAAGAAACUGUCAUCACACGACGACCACGAAGAUCACCAAGUCAUCUACGCCCACCACGGACACCAUAGGAGAAAACGAGAGGCCCCUCUCCCUUACAGAGGAUGGGCGAAGCAAUGAAACAAAA